CAGAAAGAGAGAAUGAGAGAACAGGAGAAAGAGAGAUACAUGUAUUGUUGUAUAUUCUGUAUUGUAGUGUGGCAUAUUUUAGCCUCAUUAUAUCAAUUACACAGCUUUGGGUUCGAUAUUCCUCAGAAACAAAAUAUGUGGGAAAACACAAACUUUGUUGACGUGAAACGCCUAUUUAUCCAAAACUGCCCGUUACUUCCUCUUCUUCCUUAAACUAUCCACAUGAGGAUCCAUUUAGAAGACGUCGUGAUCGCCUGUUUUUCUUCAGAUGACACCAGGUAGGACAGGUACACGUACAGGUGAGACAGGAGCACGUACAGGUGAAACAGGUACAGAUCAGCUAUAUCAAGAAUUAUCAUGGCUUCUAGCACGGACGAACUUGAGCAGGAGUGCGAGAAGAUCCUGUCGGAUAAGGAGCUGUUUAACGACUACGUAGCCCGGAUGAACCACUGGAUGCGCCUCAACAACGGCAGGGUCAUCGACCUUUUCCGGAAGUUCGACACGAACGGAGACAGCGUGGUAUCGUACCAGGAGUUCAAGGAAGGAAUGCAGCGACUGGGCGCCCCCUGCAGUCUCGCGGAACUGCAUCUCCUGGCUAAGCUGCUGGACACCGACAACAGCCGCACCAUCGACUACAUGGAGUUCUCCAAGGGGCUGCGCUACAUGAGAAAGAUUUGAGAGAGACGGGACCGAAAGCGCCCUGCAGCCACUUGUGGAUGCUAUAACGCAAGAUACCAUUGACACUGGAAGACGCGUGUAAUCUGGAAGAUACAAUUAAGUCAUAUACCUCUAUGUUAUAUAUAUGUAACACGUAUUGUCCUGUUUACAUGUAUGAUGGCCGCCUUGGAAAUCAGUUAACAAAAGUUGAAGGGGCCACCCACCUGUCUUAAGAUAAAUAGAAAAAAGCUCGAUAUUUCACACGGUAUUAUGAAAUCCGUUGCGGAUCCCGUAAGAAUAUCAAUGGUGACUUUUUCUUUUAAAGAGACGUACUUUCUAACGUU